GACAGGCUCCAAAGCUACACAGAGAAACCCUGUUUCAGGGGGGAAAAAAAAAAAGCAAAACCAGAAGAGCUAGGCUGGAGAAGCUCAGGGAUGGAAUGGUCACCCUGUACGCACAAGACCCUAGACUGCAUCCCCAGCACUGCCAAUAAACAAAACAUGCAACUUGGCCACCAAGCACCCAGGACUGUGAGCAGCAAGACAUCUGUCAGCAUGGAACGUCGGGGCCCCUGGGGUCAGCGAGGGCCGUCGAGCAGAGCACAUCUUCAGACCGGCUUUCCAGCCUGACCUCAGGCAGGGUAAGACGCCGCUAGACUCACGUGGUGUCAUGCUAGCUGUUCCCACUCUUAAACAGACAUGAGCAUGAUUUAACCUGGGCUCAGAAGCAGGUCAUUGGCAACCUGACUGGACCUGAGGGCAUAAUCAAAGGGGUGGGGUCUUGAUGGUCUUACCCAUCCACCUUUAGUCAGCCGGAUCCUGACAGGGACACGCACUUGGGUGGUCAUUGUUGUCACACUUGAUCUCUCCCAGGGCAGUUUUCCCUAGAGUCAGCCUUCUGAGAUUGAACAGGCACCAUGAACAUUCCUCCACACACAGAGGGAACACGUAGUUGCAGGGGCUUUGGAGACAGUGAGAACAGGACUGAGACAGGAAUGGACCACUAGCCUUGCUUCUGCCCCAGCCCAUUGUGACCUCCCUGGCUGUACCCAGGCCUUUGUGACUGUCACCCUGGGUAGAUUUGUGAGCCAGGGUGACAUCUAAAGUGCCCUCAAAGAGAGUGGCAGGUCAGCCAGGCCAGAGCCUGGACCUGGGGUCAGAAAGGGGUCACAGGGAGGAAUGGAGGGGCCAAACCCCCUGGGGCCCUGCGGACACUCUCAUCCCCAGUGUCCUCCAGCCCCAGUUUCAAGCAGUCACGGAGGAUGCCUGGAUCAGCCCUGUCAGGGAUAUGUAAGGUGGCCCUGUCUGGUCCCCCAUCAGUCCACUCAGUCAUUAGAGUCUUCCAGACCUUUCCCUGCUCCAGGGACAGGGGGUGGGGGACCCAGAGUGGGAGGAGAGGCACCUGGAAUGUUUGUGUCAAAUGAAGAAGCAGAGAUGCCGAGGCAGAGAGCUCGAGAGCCGGCAGGGUCCAGACAAGAAGUGGAGGCCGAGGCAGAGUGGGGCUGGCCCCUGCAUCCAGGGCAUGAACAGGUGCCACCUAGGCAGGCAGCAUCCCCCACCUCAGGACCCAGGCCCUGCCCAUGUCCAACCAUGCCUCCCGGAGGAGGGGCCGCAGCCUCAGCCAGGUCAGCUCCCACGAAGCUCCAGAGUGGGGGAACACUGGGAUCUGCAGAGCAAUCCUUUCUACAGCUGGAGCAGGAGAACUACAGCCUGAGUGAGCUGCAACAGAUCCGACUGUCCUUUGAGAGGAAGAAGAUGGCCAUUACUGAGGUGUGGGACGGUGUGGCUGAGGUACACAUGGCUCUGAACAACCAGGCCACCGGGCUCCUGAACCUCAAGAAGGAUAUCCGGGGUGUGCUAGAUCAGAUGGAAGACAUUCAGCUGGAGAUUCUGGGGGAGAGGGCCCAUUGCCGCACUCAGGCUAGGAAGCAGCAGCAGAUGUCAUGCAUGGAGAAAGACAGGCCACAGCUGGGAUGUCCCGAGGGCCUGAAGAGCCAGCUCUGGCUGCUGGCCUUGAGGCUGCUGCUGGGUGCUCUGCUGGCCUGCACAGCGGCCUACGUGUACGUGGUGGACCCUGCACCCUUCGAGGGGCUGGUGCCACCCCUGCUGAGCCGAGCCGCCGUCUGGAAGCUCAGGGCCCUACUGGGCCCCUUCUUGCGCCUCGAGGUGGACGACUUCCUGCCUUUCUAGGCCAAAGGCACAGAGGCCCCAGAA